UUUUCUAAAAAUAAAAUAAGAAAAAACCAACUAAAAUCCCAACGAGGAACUGAGAGUUAGUAAACCCCCUCCUCCAUUUAACCCAAAAUUAGCCGAUCGAAUAUAAUCUUUUCAACCUCCACUCCGUAGAACUUUGAUUUCGUCGAAACCGGGUGAUAUAUAUCCAUAUAUAGAUAUUCUUGUAGGGAGAUGGAAGCAAAAUUCUUUCGAUUUCUGAAGAUAGUUGGAGUUGGUUUCAAAGCGAGAGCAGAAGCAGAAGGGCGUCUGUUGUACCUGAAACUCGGUUACAGCCACGAAGUAGAAUUGACGGUACCGCCAGCUGUGCGUGUGUUUUGCUUCAAAAACAAUGUCGUGUGCUGCACCGGAAUCGACAAGGGAAGGGUGAAUCAAUUUGCCGCUGCUGUUAGGAGCUGUAAGCCGCCAGAAGUUUACAAAGGCAAAGGCAUUAUGUACACUGAUGAAGUUAUCAAGAAAAAGGAGGGAAAAAGAUCUAAAUAAACUCUACUGUUGCUUCAAGUGCUUUUUUGCUCACUUUCGACUUUUUUUCUUUAUAAUUUUUUUCGUUUCGAAAAUUCCCUUCUCUUAUUGAGAAUUAUAAUCCCAUGUUUAUUUCUUUCUUGUAUGUGGGAAUGGCUAUCCUGAGCUUGGAUUUCUAUUUUGCUGGGAUUGUAUUCUUCUUCCCCUUUUGACUUAUUUCUUCAUUAUUCAAGAAAUUCCCUUGUUAGUGCUAAAUUAUUUCUAGGGUUUUGGUCUCAAUUAUUAUUUUUUUAUUA